CUUCAAGUCUGUUUAGAUAGUUCAGCAAAGAAAGAACUGUUAAUGAGUAAUCUUUGUCCAAGACAGCGCUGAGCCAAUGAAAAGAGGACUAAACCUAAAGUCAGCCUGUUAUCACUGAAGCCUUCUGCAAAAGUGAAAAAAGCAACACAGAAAUGUUCUUGCUUUGAAAAUCAUUAGGAUUCUGAGCUGAAUGCAGAACUACUGAGUGCACAGUGUGUCUCUACUGCUAGAGUUCAGGAAGACACCAAGUGUUUCCUUCAACAAUCAGCUUAAUUUUCUGCAACUCAACCUAUUGAAGAGUCUAUGGCAUCAGAGAUGAACCUAGUUGGGCAUCCCCACCUACAUUCAGCAGACGGAUUUUCUCUUUCCGAAGCUCCUCAUUUAUUUGGUUUACUUCCCGAGGCAAUGACUUCCCCAGUGCAAGAUUCCGAUGUGUCACCCUAUUCACAGUACAACCCAGUGCACUUUUCUCCAGUGCAGCCUCCCAUUUCUUCGCCACCUUAUUACUCCAGCCUUGGCUUCUAUCCCCAACAGCCUGAAGAAUGGUAUUCACCUGUAAUGUAUGAGUUCAGAAAACUACCCUCUGAUAACUUUCCCCUAAAGGAGCCAGACCUCGAGGGAAUGCCUGUAUCCAAGAAGACUCGAAUGGGUCCUUCGGGGGGAAGAACGAAAGGAGAGGAGUUGUGCGUGGUCUGUGGUGACAAGGCCUCUGGGUACCAUUAUAAUGCCCUGACUUGUGAAGGCUGCAAAGGCUUCUUCAGAAGAAGUAUCACCAAAAAUGCUGUAUACAAGUGCAAAAAUGGAGGGAACUGUGAGAUGGACAUGUAUAUGAGGAGAAAGUGUCAGAAGUGCCGUCUUCAGAAGUGCAAGGAAGUAGGAAUGCUGGCGGAGUGUUUGUUAACAGAAAUACAGUGCAAGUCGAAACGGCUUAGGAAAAAUAUAUCACAGCCUGUAGAUCAGACAACUGGUGAAGAUACUGAGGGACCUGACCUGAAGCAAAUGUCAUCUACAACCAAACUCUACAAGGAGAAAGUAGAACUAACCCCAGAACAGCAGAAUCUUCUUCACUAUAUCAUGGAUUCAUAUAAUAAACAGCGAAUCCCUCCUGAAGUGUCUAAAAAGCUUUUGCAAGAGGAAUUCAGCGCUGAAGAAAAUUUUCUUAUCUUAACGGAAAUGGCCACCAGUCAUGUACAGGUCCUUGUGGAAUUCACCAAAAGAUUACCAGGUUUUCAGACCCUGGACCAUGAGGAUCAGAUCGCUUUGCUGAAGGGUUCAGCUGUAGAAGCCAUGUUCCUUCGGUCAGCAGAGAUCUUCAACAGGAAACUUCCUGUAGGACAUGCUGACCUCCUGGAAGAAAGAAUUCGUAACAGCGGCAUUUCAGAUGAAUAUAUAAUACCCAUGUUCAAUUUCUAUAAAAGUGUUGGGGAACUGAAGAUGAGACAAGAAGAAUAUGCUCUACUCACAGCAAUAGUUAUCUUAUCUCCAGACCGGCAAUACAUACAGGACAGAGAGUCUGUGGAAAAGCUUCAAGAGCCACUGCUAGAAGUUCUGCAAACAUUCUGCAAGAUUUAUCACACAGAUAGUCCUCAGCACUUUGCAUGUCUCCUGGGUCGUCUUACAGAACUGCGGACUUUUAAUCACCACCAUGCAGAUAUGCUGAUGUCUUGGCGAGUGAAUGAUCACAAGUUUACACCUCUUCUUUGUGAAAUAUGGGAUGUACAAUGAU